AUGGCCGCGGCCCCACCAUCUUUCGUUCCUUCGGGUUCGGGCACGUCGGCCCUCUUGUCCCCUCGACCCUCUCCGCGCCUCUCAUAUGAGCAGGAACUAUGGGGCGGGCUGGAGCUGGCGGAGAAGAGAGUGGAGGAAGGCCGUAAGACGUAUCGCGAGGUGCAGUCCUUCAUCGAGGAAAUGAUAGACCUGGAGCUGUCCUACGUGAAGGGCUUCAAGAAACUCUCCGCUCGCCAGUCCCAAUGUACCGAAGGAGGUACUCUGGGAUCGGCGUGGCAGGCCUUUCGAAAGUAUCUUCACAUCAACGCCGACAUGCACGCUUUGCUCAUGGAGCACUGGAGGAAGGCGUCCUUCGCGCUGCAGGACCACUGCGCGCAGCAAACAAAGGCGACAAUCAACUAUUUCGCCGAAGCCACCAAGCUCAACAAGGAGCGAGAAAAGGGGUUGGCCGAAGUCAUGCGGGCCGAGUUGGCAAAGCAGCAGUACGAGGGCGCUCAAAAUGACUCCUCGAUCGCCACCACCAAGCUCGUCAAGUUGAACGCUAUCCUGCAAACACUCCUCAAGGAAUGUGAGACGUCGGAGAAACUCUACGGCAAAGCGGUAGAGGAUUUCAACGCGGCGCAGGAGCAGCAUGUGCAAGAGACAAAGAAGAUUUUGCACGCGCUGGAGGCCAUGGAGGAAAGUCGCAUCGUCACCAUGAAGUCCAUCUUCGAGGAGGGGUGCAUGACGUGGGGCGGGAGCUUCACUCAUCAGCCUGAGGCCCUCGGAGCCGUCCAGAAGAUCAUCAAAAACAUCGACAGCCAGAAGGACAUCCAGAACUGGAUCCUCAGCAACAGGACUGGGCAGAGCUUGCCUGCGCCGUUGGCCGUGGAGCCCUGGCAGCCCGCAUCCAAGUUCCGGAGGGACAGAUCUUCUUCGGGCAACUCGGUGCGUUUCAAGUUCAAGCCCGAGGGUGUGGGCACCGUCAUCGUGAGCACCACCUCUGGCGUCGUCCCCACAGCGAACUCGCCGCCCAUCAAGCGGACAAGGGAAGAAGCGAAAAAGGAGGAGGCCGAAAAAGAGAAGACUGCGGAGCGUGACGAGCCGACGGAAAAGCGAUUCCCUCGCGUACAGGUCCUAUACCCAUACGAAGCUGAAGAGGAAGGCGAGCUCAGCAUCAACGCCGGCGACAUCAUCACCGUGCUCGAGAUCGAGGAAGAGGGCUGGUGGAAGGGCGAGAUCGACGGCCGGGUGGGCAGUUUCCCCUCCAACUACGUCCGGCCACUCUCCACGACCUCGACUUCGGCCUCUCCCUCGACCUCUAGCGACAGCUUCAGCGCCAUCGUCAGCAACGACGACAGCGACUUUAGCAGCGACAGCAAAGGGAAGACACCCCAGCAAGCCAGAGGCGCGCCGCCAUCAGGCCGCUCGCUGGCCGACUUCCGCUCGAGCGUCGACGACCUCGCAUCGCCGCCGCUCUCGCCCUCGUCGUCCUACACGGCGCUGUCCACCUCGUCGCCCUCGCUCCUCACCUUCCUCGAACAGCAGAAGCAGCAGCCGUCGUCGGCCCUGCCGAGCCCCGGCUCGUCGCCCGGUGUGCGUGGGAGCGAAUGCAAGCGCGGCGGGAAGCUGGUCCGCACCGGCGGGCAGCGAAGGAUUGUCAAGGACGAUGACAUGGAAGACGACGAUGUCGACACCACUGCGAACAGCGGCGGUGGUGGCGGUGAUGGCGGUGGUAAUGGCGCGCUGGAGCGGCCGACGCUCGGCACGUUGCCGAUCCCCAUACCCGCCACGCUCUCGCUGUCUCCCCAAGCCACGCCGCCGACGGCUGUCGCCACCGUGGACGAACCUGGAUUCGAAUGCGUGGUCCUGUUCGACUUCGAAGCCGAGAAUGAGGACGAACUCACCAUCCGAGUCGGCGAGAUGCUGCGGGUGACAGAGGAAGUAGAGCAAUGGUAUGUGGGUGUGUACCCCGACGGACGUACCGGCAUGUUCCCCUCAAACUACGUCCAGCGCACGGACGGCCUCUAG